AAGCUAGCCCUUCCAUUAGCUUCAGGAGGGCCUUCUUCAAUAUUUUAACAGGCAUUUUAGGCUUUUUCUCAGCUUAGUUGAUAUGCAAAACCAAAUUAUCUGUCCAAAGCCCAAAUCCUACUUGCCUUUCCUCUAAUGGCAGCUCUCAUAUUCCUUUGAGUUUGAAUUACUUGCUCAAAAGUGGUCUUUAUUGUCUGUAAAAUCUCGUUAGGAAUUUUUAAUUUUGGGUUUUGUUGGUACAUACUUUUUCGGCUCACAAUUCAUGGAUAUGGCGCUUGACUCUUCAUUUCUGAGUCCACCCAAGUUUAUAUAUAGGACGAACUCAUUGAGUUUGUUUCACUGUAACGGGAGAAUUAGAAUGCCCAUGAAGAGUUUUCCCGAGAAUAAUCGGUACCCAUUUCGAUUGGCGUCGAAUGGCAUACAUUCUGAGAAUUUUAUGAGCUUUCCGAGCUCAGUGUGGCGAGGUAAUAUUGACUUGUACGUUGGCAGUGAUUGUUCGAGGCCUAGAGGCAAAGAUGGUAAUAAUUUCCGUAGCGAAAAUGGUUUAAAUUUUGAGUUUUUUAGAGAAAUUUUGAAGCGUGGAAUUGUGUGUGUGGCAAUGGUUUCUGGGGUUUUGGUAUAUAGUUGUAAAAAAGCUUUAGCGAGUGAAGGUAUUGUCAAUGCUGGAUAUGGCGUUUUUGGGCAGUGCAUAUUAUUAAUGAGAAAUGCUUGGCCUAAGACGUUACAGGUUCUUCAGGUCUUCAAAGAACAGGGUUUGAUUUUGGCUUUGCUUUUGGGACUCUCUGCAUUUUUUUCCAUGGCAGAGACUUCAAUCACGACGCUUUGGCCUUGGAAGGUGCGUGAGUUAGCUGAGAAAGAAUCUGAAGAUGGUCUCUUCAAAAUGCUUCGCAGUGAUGUUACUCGCUUCUUGACAACUAUAUUGAUCGGCACAACUGUUGCUAAUAUUGGAGCAACGGCUUUAGUUACAGAGGCUGCAACAGCAUUGUUUGGCGAAGCUGGUGUUAGUGCAGCAACUGGAGUAAUGACUGUUGCCAUAUUGCUCCUUACUGAAAUCACUCCAAAAAGCAUAGCUGUUCACAAUGCUACAGAAGUUGCUAGAUUUGUGGUCAGACCAGUGGCGUGGCUCUCUGUGGUAUUAUAUCCUGUUGGAAGAGUUUUUACAUUUUUAUCAAUGGGAAUUUUAAAAGUGCUUGGCUUGAAAGGAAGAAGUGAACCAUAUGUUACAGAAGAGGAGUUAAAAUUGAUGCUGCGAGGGGCUGAGUUAAGUGGGGCAAUAGAGGAGGAAGAACAGGAUAUGAUUGAAAAUGUGUUGGAGAUUAAAGAUACACAUGUUAGAGAGGUGAUGACACCUCUUGUGGAUGUAGUUGCCAUUGAUUUUGGUGCAACUCUCGUAGAUUUUCACAACUUGUGGUUGACUCAUCAAUAUUCAAGGGUUCCUGUGUUUGAGCAGCGUGUCGAUAAUAUUGUUGGUAUUGCAUAUGCAAUGGAUCUACUCGACUAUGUUCAAAAGGGAGAGCUACUAGAAAGUACUACAGUUGGAGAUAUGGCUCAUAAACCUGCAUACUUUGUGCCAGAUUCAAUGUCUGUCUGGAAUCUUCUAAGGGAGUUUCGCAUCAGAAAGGUGCACAUGGCUGUGGUCCUUAAUGAAUAUGGUGGAACCAUAGGGUUAGUUACUCUGGAAGAUGUGGUUGAGGAAAUAGUUGGUGAAAUCUUCGAUGAAAAUGAUUCAAAAGAGGAGAUUCAGAAAAAAACUGGCUACAUUGUGAUGCGUGCAGAGGGAGUGUUUGACGUAGAUGCAAAUACAUCUAUUGACCAGCUAUCUGAAGAUCUAAACGUCAAAAUGCCAGAGGGUCAUCAGUACGAAACAGUAUCUGGUUUUAUAUGUGAGGCGUUUGGAUAUAUUCCAAGGACAGGUGAGAGCAUCAAAAUAGUUCUAGAAAAGGAAAUUGAAGAAGAGGAGAAUGGUGAAUCCAAACCUGAUCACCAGGAUCAGAAGGAAAAGCAUCAGAUUUUUAAACUUGAGAUACUAGCAGGAAAUGCCAGAAAGGUCAGUGCCGUUCGCUUCGAAAGAUUAGACAAUGAUGAUACUGCAGUGGAUAACAAAGAGGUGACUCGGUUGGUUCCCAAAAUUGUGAAACGGAAGUGGAGCAGCGACAAAGACUCAGACAGUGCAGAAUAUGAUGAGGAUUCAUUCCAGAAAAGACCGCAGAAUAGUCUCCUUGAUGAGCAUGAAGAGAGUUAUGAUAGUCUAACUAAACCUUGAUUAUGUUUCUUCUUGCUACCAAUUUUACAGAACUGCCAACGGAAGCGGUUAAAUUUGAGAAACAAGGGAUGUUUCCAUGAAUCAGCAAAUGAAGAACACUUUUUCACCCAUGAAGCAACUCUCUUCAUCCAAAUCUUUGGUAGUUAUGUGUUUUGUGCAUAACUAUCUUGGAGUCUUCUCACCUUGACAUCAGAAUGAGAUCUAUUCUAGUGUCUAAAUCUCUCUCGGCAAUUGGCAAAGGGGUCAUAGAUGAGAUGGCAAUGCCAUACCCUUUUGCAUAAACAAUGUUAUUUUAUUAUUUUUUUUCUGUGAAAUCUGUAAUUUUUUAAAAGAGAUUGAUGGGAUUGUCUCUACAAAUAGUCUUUGUAUGCCUACUUCUGUAAAUCAUGUAUUUUGAAAUUACUACUAUUGGUUUUAAAAGCUAUCUGAUGAACUCAUAACCAAGUGAAGUUGGGACAUAGUGGAUGGCAGGGACUACAUUGGAGGAAAGAGUUGACAGCUAAAGCCAAAGAGAAGGGGACCUAAACUUUUGAAAGGACUUUGUUAUCUUGGUUUGGUGGACAUAUCAAUAGUUGCUACGACCUUUGGCCCCCCA